AUGCGAACGACGACGACGACAACAAUAACGACGACUGCUUUGUCUCGUCCUCGUCUCCUUUUUUAUCCUCGUCCAUCCUUCGCUUCUUCAUCUUCUAAAGCGUCGUCGAUAUCCAAAGCGUCGUCGUCGUCAAAAUCAUCAACAACAGAAAGUGAAUCGUAUCUCCGAUUACACGAAACCGACACCGGCGAUUGGGAGCUUCAAUCCUCGCAAGUGACGUACGUGAACGAACAAAAAACGUGCGAGAUCGAUUUGAUCGCCACUGUGCACGUGGGGGAGAAGGAAUAUUACAAGAAUUUAGAGCGAGAUUUGGUCUCGCAAAACGAGGAAAAUCCAGUCUUGUUCGAACUGUUGACGGACGAACGGAACGUGGAGAGGAUGAUUCGGAGCAGGACGGAAAACACCACCACGAGCAGCAGCUCGUUAACCUUACCUCGAUUGAAAGUGUCGUUAUCUCCGACGGACGAAGCAAGACGGUUGGCGGCGUCGCACGGAUUAAUCGCGCAGCUCGACGCCAUUGAUUUUAAGAAACCAAACUGGUACCUCGCGGAUUGUUCGAGCAACGAGUUGGAGAAGAUGAAAGCGGAUAUGAGUUUAGAGGAGGCGGAUACGGAAGCGUUUCGAGUGCCGGCGUUAAUAGAGGCGUUUUUGGUGACUAUCAUCGGAAGGGCGAGGACGUUACCGAGAGCCGGGCAGUUCGCGAGAUCUUUGGUGUGGUUGGUGCCGUGUCCGGAAGCGCACUUGCUUUUGUUGGAUUGGAUUUGGGGCGGCGGAAGACCAGCACCGGUGUUAGGCGCGAUGGUGGAUGCGAUAUCAGCCGGAGAUAUCGUCGGCGCGAGGAAAUUAGCGUUCGCGCAGAUGAUUGUCAGCGCGCAAGGGAAGAACGUGUACGGAUCCGGUUCCGGCGCCAAGGCGACGAUCGAAAAGAGAAACGAAAUCGCCACAAAUAGAUUGAGAGAGGCGUUGCGACAGCUAUACGAUUCAGACGACGACAACAACAACAACACGAAACCUACGACAACACGAACGAAAGAAAAGCUCUCCGUCCUCUACGGCGGCUCUCACCUUCCCGGCCUCGCCAAAAAUCUCGAAACGCUCUUCAGCGCUGAAAAAAACGACGACGAAAACGAAAACAUCGAAAACGCUUCUUUCGGCGGCACCUUCUCCAAAUCAUCCACCAUCUGGCGCACCGUCUGGCGCAUCCCCAAAAAACCGGAAAACGCGUUCGCGCGUUUCGGAUUCCUCCCUUUGCUCUUACUCGUCGACGGUUUCGAUUGGGCGCAAACCUUGGACGCGCUCGCGGAAGCGUCUCGACGAGAGAAACUCGUCGAGAUUUUUUUAUACGUCUUGCGCCACGUCGCCGCGUAUUACGCCUUAGGCAAGUGGGUGUUAGAGUGGAACAGAGAUUUGUUCGAAGAGAGCGCGCUGUAG